UCGGAAACGUCAGUCGCCGUCAUUGCAGAUGGUGCUGGAAAACGGCAUUCGAGAUACGAGAUUCGAGUGCGCCUGCAUUAUCCGCCGAAUUUCCGAGGUCUUCUGCGAGACUUUUUAAGCGAUUAAAGAACCCUUUGGGUGUUCUCUUAGUCGCAGGACGACGGAAAUCGGGCGAGCCUCCUUCAUUACUCGGGUAGGCGGACUCGCACGGAGAGGCCAGCUCGAGCUUCUUGGUGUUUCCCUCGAAUUAUCGACCAUCCGCGCAUUUGGUACGUGGGUUUCGCGAACCUUUUCCCUCGGCUCCAAGGUUAGCGUUCCACAACCUUGGUGCUCAACUGCAGCAUAAAACGCUCCGUCGAGCGUGAAAAAGAUCACUGAGACUCGAGAACCACCAGGAUGGAUAUCGGGUUCUCUUCGUACCACAAUGGGGGGCCGACGAGGGAGCAGGAUUUCGAGAGGCUCUCCCAAACGAUUGGCACCUCGAUAAUGAAGAUAUCACAGAAUGUUUCUUCUAUGCAGAAAAUGGUCAGUCAGUUGGGAGGGUCGACAGAUUCACAGGAGCUGAGGAGCCAACUACAUCAGAUACAACACUACACCCAACAGUUAGCAAAAGACACGAGUGCACAUUUAAAAGAUCUGACCAACCUGGCAAAUAAUUCAGGAGGAAGCAGCCCAGGCGAGCAGAGGCAAAGGAAGAUGCAGAGGAUGAAGCUCCACGAUGAAUUUGGAAGUGCCUUGAACAGUUUUCAAGGUGUUCAAAAGCUGGCUGCUUCCAAGGAAAAGGAGAUGGUCAGGAAAGCGAAGGCAAGCGUACCUCUUCCUCCGUACAGAGAGAAGAAACAAGAGACUCUGAUCGAGCUACAGGACAAUAGAGCGCAGAAGCAGUUACAGCAACAACACCAACAAGAGGAACAAAAUCUGCGGAUGUUGGAAUUACAAGAAGCAAAUAUUCGUCAGCUGGAGAGCGACAUUAACGACGUGAAUCAGAUCUUCAAAGACCUCGGAGCAAUGGUGCACGAACAAGGAGAAAUCAUCGACUCGAUCGAGGCAUCGGUGGAGCGAACGGAGGUUUUCGUGAACGAGGGUGCCCAAGAGCUGAGGCAAGCCUCCACGUAUCAGAGCAAAUUGCGCAAGAAGAAGUGUAUACUCCUGAUCAUUGGAGUGGUCGUCCUAACGAUCCUAAUCGUGAUAAUAUGUUGGCAAAGUUCCUCCUAAACCAUGGAGCCUGCUCUCGCUGACGGCGAGAAAUUCUGACGUAAUUUAAUCGAAUCGUUUACGACUGACACGUAUUGGGACAACUCCUUUUCGACAGAAACCCGAACCGAUCUCGUUCGCCACCAUCUAUCGAAUGACACGCCUAGCAGGCUACUUUCGACCAUCUGUCAGAAUCAUCGAUGGACGAGCACUUCAGGAAACUUACAAGGCAUGGAAGAAAGAAAAUAAGCCCGAAAGGAGCCGGAUGCUUUGCAAAUAUGCGCUUGGCGUGGGACUCAUUUACCUUUAUAAUCGCACGCUCUGGCGCAUUAGCAUCUUGGCAGCAUCGAUGCAAAGCGGAGCAUUUUGCAGGAUGGCGGAGAUAGAGAGAAGGAGCAUGCAAGAAGCCAGGUGCUAUUCACAAAUGCAUCUUUAUUGACACUUGCAUUGUCCUCUUCAGAAAGUUACUCUCAUUAAUGACUUGGUACCGCAGCACGAACCAGCUUACAGAACGGCGAAGAAAGAAACUUGCAUUCGUAAGGUCGAAUGCUUGAUGCAAAAUCUCCCAUGUUGCGUAGAUAAUUAUUUACAUGCUGUUCUAACAGUUAUUAAACGAGCCCAUGAUCGCUCUCAGGAAAGGCUCGUUCAAAUUAUUGCAGCCAUGGAGGGAGGUCCAAGACACCCGGUCCAUUUUUUAUGAUACUCCGUUCAAGGAACGGCGUCAAUAUAGCUACUACUAUCAUAACCUCAUAAUCGAGUUCACGCUGGCGAAGAGUAAUUUCGUUGCUGGGGAAAAGGAACUCCUAAGAUGAUAUUAACUCCGUAUUGAACGGCCGUACUGUAUAUUGUGCUCGGUACUUCGAGUGUUUUCGUGUACAUCAUUCCAGGUUAUUAAUUUAGUGGCGAUUGUUUGGUAGCGCUCCUCGACAUAACCCGAGGGUUGCUAGUAUAACGCAAUGUAUUAUAUAUUACACUAUAUUUAAGAACGUUGAUUUCUUUUAAUCAAAAUACAAUAAAAGACAAUCUUAUGUCCCCUCUUGAAUGUUUAACUA